UCGGCGCAGGGUUGAGUUUACUGGGGCGCGACGGGCCUCGUCAAAGGCCCCCAGGAGCCGGUGGGAGCUGUAGGGGUAACCAGGAAGGGCUCUAGACGCUGUGGGCGCCGCGGUAUUCGGGAGCCCCCCUACCGGAGAGUGAGGCCCCCUUGCCCGGCUCCCGGUGCUCCCCGGCUGCCGGCCCGCUCCCGGAAGCCGUGGCAGCUGGUAACAAAGAGCCUGCCCGGCCUCCGCUGCCCGGGCUGCGGGACUCGGGAGCCAGCGCAGCUGCUGGAGUUGAGCGCAAGUCGGGCCAUGAGUCCAGGUUCGCGGCAGUGAGGGGCGGCGACCGGCGGCCGAGGCGCUGGUGCGGGUUUGAGAGGCCGGUACCUCCUUCCUCGCCGCCCGCAGGACCCGGGGCGCAGGUGCCUCUGCUCUCCUGGCCGCUCCAGCCGGGAGAGCGGCUUCACGACCUGUCCCCGGCGGCGCCUGGCCUUCCGUUGCAGGGAACCGAAGCUCAGCUCCGGCUGCCAAACCCGGGGCUUCUCUGCAGGACUCAGAGAGCACCGGGGCUCUUCCCCGAGGUGUCCUGAAGCUUUGCAUGAAGCUGGGAACGCCUGACGGUUUUUGCUUUUAACAAAAAGUUUUUAUAAGUGUCCAUUUUUAGAAAUUUUUGCAGAGUUUGAAGUACUGUCUACCUACCUCUUUGCAUCCUUUUUCUUGCUCCUGGAGUCUUUCCUCCGCUGUAAACAUUUUUACUAUUGGAGCAGACCAGGGAUGAACGUUUGUGAUUGAGAGUGCAGCUGUUUAAACCACGUCGAAACUAAUCAAGAUGGACAAAAAGUCCUUUGAAACGGUGUUGGAUGAAAUUAGAAAGGCUGUUCUGACAGAGUACAAAUUAAAAGCAAUUGAAUAUGUGCAUGGAUAUUUCUCUAGUGAACAGGUGGUUGAUUUACUGAGAUAUUUCUCCUGGGCUGAGCCUCAGUUAAAGGCAAUGAAAGCAUUACAACACAAAAUGGUGGCUGUUCACCCAGCAGAAGUGGUCAAUAUACUCAAAUGUUUCACCUUCAGCAAAGACAAGCUAGUUGCUCUUGAGCUGUUAGCUUCAAACAUCGUUGAUGCACAGAAUUCUCGUCCUAUCGAAGAUUUAUUCAGGAUAAAUAUGUCUGAGAAGAAACGGUGCAAGAGAGUACUUGAACAGGCUUUCAAGGGGGGCUGCAAAGCUCCUCAUGCUAUGAUAUCUUCUUGUGGCACAAUCCCAGGAAAUCCAUAUCCCAAAGGAAAACCUAGUCGCAUAAAUGGAAUUUUCCCAGGAACCCCCUUGAAAAAAGAUGGUGAAGAAUGUACUAAUGAAGGCAAAGGAAUAGCUGCACGGAUUCUUGGACCAUCCAAACCGCCUCCUCCAACAUACAAUCCGCAUAAGCCAGUUCCUUAUCCGAUACCUCCGUGCCGGCCACACGCAACUAUCGCACCAAGUGCUUAUAACAAUGCAGGUCUGGUCCCAUUAGCCAACGUCAUAGCUCCAGGAGUACCCCCUCCGCCUCCAUACACUCCUAACCCAGUCGGAGCAGAAAAUGAAGACCUUUCCAGUCAGUCAAAACCUACCCAGAAUCAAACCUUCUCCACCCCGGCGAGUCAGCUCUUCUCUCCGCAUGGUUCCAAUCCUUCAACGCCUGCUGCAACUCCCGUCCCCACCGCGUCUCCAGUCAAAGCAGGCAGUCACCCGCCAGCACCGGCGGCCGCCACCGUCUCCGGGAUGAACAUGCCCAGUGCUGUCCUUCCUGUGUUCCCGGGCCAGGUGUCCUCGGCCGUUCAUACGCCCCAGUCCGCGGCGCCAAACCCGACAGUUAUCAGAACCGCGGCGCCCGUCACCUCCGGCCACAGCACGACCGCGGCUCCCGGCGCGGCCGUGUUCUCGGGCCUGGUUCCGCCGCCCGGCGCCCCCGCCCCGCCCGGCCCGGCCCCCCAGGCCCCGGCCGCCGCCGCGCCUCGGGCCCCGCCCGCUGCCAGUGAAACCUUCGCCUCCGCCUCCUUCCCUGGCCUCCCCUUCACCGCCGCCUCCACUGCUGCUGCUGCCAACAACCCGAAUUCGGCCUCGCUGUCCUCCGUGUUCGCGGGCCUCCCCUUGCCCCUAACGCCCACGUCCCAAGGCGCGUCCAAACCCGCUCCUCCCCCCAGCGUGGCGUGUCCGCUCGCUGCCAACAGCCCUCUUCUGUCGGCUCUGAAAGGCUUCCUGACCUCCAACGACACGGGUCUCCUCAACGCGUCCGCUCUGCCCUCUGCCGUUACCAGCGGGCUGGCCUCGCUGUCUUCCCUGGCCCACCCGAGCCCCGACUCCCCCGCGCCCGGCCCCGCCACGUGCUACGGCCCCCCGGCCGGGCCCGCCGCGCAGAGCGCCCCCGCCCCCGCGCUGGCCGCGUUCCCGGGCCCGCCGGCCGGCGCCGCUCCCACGGCGGCCACACUGCCCGCGCACUCCCACCUGGCGACGCCGACGUCGUGCGCCGCCUCGGGGCCCGGCGGCGGGGGCUCGUCGGCCCCGCUGCUGCCCGGCCCCCACCCGGGUAGCUCGGAGCUGCACGGCGCCUCCGCCCCCGCCGUCACCUCCGUCCCCGUCCUGGUCAAAACGGAGCCCACGAGCCCCACUCCCUCGGCCUUCAAAGGCCCGCCUCCCGCGGCCAACCCGUCGCACGGCGCGCUGGGCCUGCCGGGGACGCUGGGCCGCGCGUACCCGGCCGCGUCGGGGCCCGCCGCUUUAUCCGCCUGCCUUAACCCCGCCCUGUCGGGGCUCCCGGGCCUGGCCGCCCCGCUGAACGUGUCCAACCCGCUGGCGUCCAUCUCGCUGCCGCCCCACGCCUCCUCCGCCCCCCUCACCCCCGUGUUCACCGCCCUGCCUCCCUUCACUUCCCUGACCAGCAACUUCCCGCUGGCCGGCAGCCCGUCCCUCAACCCCGCCGUGUCCCUUCCAGGGCCGCUGCUAGCCACGUCGUCCGCGGCGGCCGCGCCCAGCUCCUCCGCGGCCGCGCUCUCCGGGCUGCCGGCCUCGGCGCCGGCCUCGGCGGCCCCUUUCCCGCUCAACCUGUCCACCGCCGUCCCCUCCCUCUUCUCGGUCACGCAGGGGCCUCUGCCGGCCGCAAACCCCUCGUACCCCGGCUUCUCCGUGUCCAGCACCCCCGGCGUCGCCCCCGCGCUGCCCUCGUUCCCGGGGCUGCAGGCGCCGUCCACGGUGGCCGCCGUCGCCCCGCUGCCCGUGGCCGCCACGACCCCGUCGCCGGCUCCCGUGCUCCCGGGAUUCGCCUCCGCCUUCAGCUCCAACUUCAACUCCGCCCUGGUGGCCCAAGCCGGCCUGUCAUCCGGCCUUCAAGCGGCAGGCGGUUCUGUCUUCCCAGGCCUCUUGUCCCUCCCGGGCAUCCCGGGGUUCUCCCAGAACGCCUCACAGCCGGCCUUGCAGGAGCUCCAGCACAGCGCGGCCGCUCAGUCGGCCUUGCUGCAGCAGGUCCAUUCAGCUUCGGCUCUGGAAAGCUAUUCAGCUCAGCCAGAUGGAUUUCCCAGUUAUCCUUCGACACCAGGAACGCCGUUCUCUUUGCAGCCGGGCUUGUCCCAAAGUGGGUGGCAGUGAAUAUUAUUUAGUUUGUAUUCUCCUCCGGAGCAGCAUCAGAUACGCCUAAGGACUGCAGUGAACAAUCUGACUAAUGUGAAGUUGGCUAACAUUUUCAGAAAAUGAGAAUGAGGAUAAUCUUGGGGAAAUUGGGAUAAGAGUUUAAAACCAGGACGAUUGCAUUUUUAAUGUUUUUUAAAAAAUGUUUUUAUUUAUUUCUGAGAGAGAGAGAGAGAGAGGCAGCAUGAGCAGGGG